AUGUGUCGAAAGGAUCUGUAUGGAGUCAAAUUGCGGAGCAGACCAGCACUCGACAGCGACGUGGGCGACUCGCGAACGACCAACAUCUGCCGCUUGAUGAACCCUGCGCAGGAGCCUGCGCGUGUGUGUAUGCUGCUGCAGCAUGGCAUGCGCGAGCGCGAGCGCGAGCGCGACUGUCGAUCGGAGCAGAGCAUCGACGUCGGAGCAGGCACGGCGUUGCGGGUGCGCAAGUGUGUGGAUGCGUGCGUCGCUGUGAGCGCAUUGUGAGGCUGAGGGUGGUGCUUCAAAGCAAAUCCGUAUGCUCUGCUUGACAACAUGCUUGGCGCAGAUGUGGGCAGCGCGGGCGGGUGA